CUACAGAUUUUAAAACUCUCCAACUGCUGGAGUCUAUAUAAGCUACCUGAUGGCUUGAGAAAUAUGAGCAACCUGAGGCAUCUCUAUAUUGACAGAUGUCCUCGUCUGAAGCAGCUGCCAGCAGGUAUAGGGCAAUUGAGCAACCUGCGAACAUUGACGAAGUACAUUGUAGGCAAUGAUUCUGGAAGGCAUAUAGGUGAAUUGAAUAGCUUAAAUCUCGGUGGCCUUUUAGAGCUGUAUAACCUGAGGAAUGUGAGGGAUGCAGCAGAUGCUGAAUAUGCUAAUCUUAGUUCCAAACAUAACCUUCGCUCAUUAAUAUUAUGCUGGGAUAUGAUUGAGUGGAAUCCCUUCUAUUAUUAUGCAGCAAGUGCCCAUCAUUGUGAUGAAGAUGAUGUUUUGCCUGCAGAAAAUGCUAAAGAGGUUCUGGAAGCCCUUAGACCUCAUGGUGGCUUAAAGCUGCUGGCAAUAUGGCGCUAUAGUGGUGCCAGCUUUCCAACAUGGAUGGACUCACCAUUGCUGCAAAAUUUAGUUGAAAUUCAUUUGGGAGUUUGCAUGGGUUGCAAACAUCUCCCACCUUUAUGGCAGCUACGUUUUCUGAAAUUUCUCUACCUGACCAAGAUGGAUAGCAUCAAACAUAUCUGCAGCAGUACCAUCUAUGGCAAUGCAAGCAAUGACACAGUGCAAGCAUUCCCAUCACUAAAGAGACUGGUGUUGCUCAGGAUGCAGAGCUUGGAGAAGUGGUCAGAGUAUGAAGGAACUGCAGAGGUCACGCUGAUUUUCCCUCACCUUGCUGAACUUGAGAUCAUUCAUUGCCCAAAUUUGAUGACCAUGCCGGAGUUACCAUCUCUCAAAAGUUUAGAAAUGGAAGGAACUGACAUGCAGUUGGGCUUGGUCUGUAGUCUGACCACACUGUCUUCCCUUAGCAUUAAAGUCUAUGAAACGAGCGAUGGUGCAGAGUCGCCUCCUCUAGCUCAGAAAAAAAUGUCUUUAAGAUAUUUCAGAUCUCUUGAAAAUUUAAUUAUCACCGCAUCCGAGAAUCUGGCACCGGUACUGGAAGAGGAAGAGGAGACGAGAGGGCUAAGCACAUCCCUGCAUUAUUUGGAGAUUGAAUGCUGCAAUUGGUUUUUCUCACCAUCACGGCAGUCAUCAUCACCCUUGGCAAUUUGGAAGAACCUUGGUUCUCUCCUAUCUUUAGAGAUUCAGUGUUGCGAAGAUCUGGUCUACUGGCCGGAGGCAGAGUUCCGUGGCUUGAACUCACUGAGGAAGUUAAGUCUCUAUGGUUGCAACAAUUUGGUUGGCCCAUCACCUUUGCCAUUGUCCUCAUCAUCAUCCGGGCAUGAAGAGCUCCUACCAAACCUGGAAGAUCUGGAUAUAUUACAUUGUGAUAGUCUUCUGGAAUUGCCGGAGCUGCCUGCAUCCCUCAAAUCAUUAUAUGUUGGCUUUUGCCCCAAAUUGAAUUCCUUGACAGAAGGCCUGCGACACGCCACUGCUCUUGAGAAUUUUGAUAUUUCAGGUUGCCCAAGCUUGACUUUCUUGCCGGUAGAUCUGGGGCACCUCACAGCACUCACGAGUAUAUAUAUCAGUGGGCUUUCUGGCUUGAAUUAUUUGCCACAAGGGCUGGGACAGCUUGCUGCACUCAAGUCUCUGGGCAUCAGCAGCUGCCACAAAUUGUCAUCUCUGCCACAAGGGUUGCAGGGCCUCACGGCGCUCCGGCGUUUGCAAAUUGGUCACUGCCCUCAGCUGUCAUCACUCCCCGAAGGUCUUCAACAACGACUCCCAGGCCUUCAGCAUCUGGUAAUUGAAGGGUGCCCCAACCUAGAGAGACAGUAUAAGAGAGGAGGACCGUAUUGGUACCUGGUCUCACGCAUCCCCAAUAUAGAAAUAGUAUCUGUGACGAGGAGCAACUUCAGCACAUUGUUUCCUUCCUUUGCUUGCUUUAGAAGACCAUCUACUCUUUAAUGUCAUUCCAGU